AUGAAUUCAAAUUGGACACGUGUACUUUAUUCAUAUGGAAUUGAUGAUGAACAUUCUUAUGAUGAUUAUCGUUUAUUUGCUUUACCACAAUUUCGUACAUUAUCUUUAUUAUGUAAUGUCUCGAAAACAACGGUGACAAAUAAUUUAAUUCAAUUUCAUUCAAAAAUAUUAAUUAAUAAACAAAUUCAAUCGUAUGAUGUUAUUCAAUCUCAAAGUGAAAAUGCAAUUAGACGAUUUCGUUCAUCAUUGUGUAAAACAUUUGUUUGGACAUUUAAUUUUAUUCGAGAAAUGAAUCAAGGAAAUGGAAUUGUUUCAUCGAUUUUUUCGAAUUGGUAUUUUCAAACAUUGAAAAAAGAAGACGAGGCUUAUUUAUGGACAAAGCCACGUUCAUAUGGAAAUCAAAAUAAUUGUUCAUGUGGAAUAAAUUCAAUGUGUAGUUCAUCAGCAAAGAUAGAAAAUUCAUCAAUAUCUGGUCUUCGAAUUGGUUGUUCUAUCAUUGAUUCGUUUCUUCAAUCAACUUUAGAAUGUUUUUACAAUAUUAGUUGUAUUAAUUUAUUAAAAUCUUUUUAUUUCGUACAGGAUGUUUUUAUUUCACCAUUAAAUACAAAUCUUUCUUCUUCAAAUGAAACUGUUCAAGAUCUUAUUGAUCGUCUAUUGAUUGAUGAAUGGAAAUAUAAUAUUUCUUAUGAAAAUUAUUAUCGUACUUGUUCACCUCGUUUAUGUCGAUAUACAAUUGAAGAACGUGUUGAUACAUUAUAUAUUAUAACAAGAAUUAUCGGCUUUUAUGGAGGAUUAACUAUUGCACUCAAAAUUAUUACACCUCUUCUUAUGAACAUUAUUCAAUAUUGUUUUCGACGAUUUCAAAAUAGAAUUGUUAUACAAAAUCAUUCUGUUUUAUAG